GCACCUGUACAGUAACUACAUUCACCUCGGUUGUUUAUUCCGUUUAUUCACUGUUCAUUGAUAAAAAAGAUAAAGAUGUAAAUUUUGUGAACUGCAUUUUAUCACAACAAUUUUAUUCACGAGCAGUCAGCUAUGGCUGCCCGCAACAUUUUCUCAAAACACCUACCAAACGUGAAACUUGCUACUCGCUUCGAUGCUGAUGGAAACGAAAUUCAGGUCGAACGCCGUGAAGAUGCGGAACAACAACGCAAGGAGCAGGAAAUUCUCGAUAUCCUCGUACAAGCCGGUUACUACCGGGCUCAUAUCCAAGGCCUAUCCGUGUUCGACAAGAUUGUCGGUGGGAUGACCUGGUGUAUCGAAGCAUGCGAUUAUGAUGUGGACGUAGAUCUGCUUUUCCAUGAGAACCUAUCGAUCGGACAAAAAAUCGCUUUAACCGAGAAAAUUGUGGUUGUACUCCCGAAAAUGAAGUGCCCCUUUCAAUUGGAACCCCAUCAAAUUCAGGGAUUAGAUUUCAUCAACAUCUAUCCGGUUAUAGAAUGGUUGGUUAGGCGUUCCGCGGAAAAUCGUAGUGAGAAAGCAGAGCGGUUGAAGAAAUUAGCUGCUUCCCAGUUUCAAAAUUAUUUUACACUUCAGUCGGACACUGAAGCCAAACGUCUGCAUAGUAAGCAGUUGGGCAAUCUUAAAACCGUAGAAGAUCGCUAUAUGCCGGAACGACAGUUUAAACGUACCGAGAAAGGACCGGAUGACGUCAUUAGUCGCGUGAGAAUCACUCUGAUGGAAUAUGGAACCACGGAUUUCUCGGUAAAAACUACCGUCGAUAUGCCGGAGCUUGACGAUGCCCAAACGGAAGACGACUUUUUUCCGAGCAUGCUUCAGAAAACGGAGCAAGAGCUUGAUUUUGAUCAGUUAUUUAGAAAUUUAUCUGUUGCCGGAGAGCAAAAUCUUACACCAAUAGCACUAACCGAAGCCGAACGUGCGGCCCUCAAUCAGCACUAUGAAGAUCUGAAGCGAGAGAUGUCCAUUGACACCAGCCAGUUAUCGGAGCAAAAUAAAAUCAAAACGCUUUUAGCCACAAAACUUGCGUUGGAGAAAAAAAUGGAACGAGCAAAAGUUGAAAAUGCUCGAUUGCAGAGUGCGAUGGAUGACAGCAAGACACAGCUAGAAACCAUUCAAACUCAAAAAGUAAUUUUGGAAGAGGAGAUCCACAAUUUAGAUAAUUUGGAAAUCGGCGAAGAAAACAGUAAAAUGUUGUCGUACGUACAGAAUCUGGUUGCACAGAAUGAAAGCAUGAAGCGUCAAGAGACGUUAUUUAAAGAAAGCUGUAAAAAAGAAAUGGCCGAGCUACAGGAUUUGAUUCAAAAAGCAGAAUUCGCCAAACCAAGCAAUGAUAUUGCUCGCUAUCAAGAACAGUUAGAAGAAGAACAGGAGAGACUAAAAUCCUUACGCUUGCAGUUGGCCAAGAAAAACCGAGCGUACGUAUCAAUCAAUCGUCAGCUGGAUAAUAUUCCCGAUCGGACGGAAUUGGCCCAAUAUCAGCGACGGUUUCUAGAGCUAUACAAUCAAGUUAGCGCGAAGCACAGGGAAACCAAGCAGUUCUACACACUUUACAACACACUGGAUGACACCAAGCUCUAUUUGGAAAAGGAAAUGUCCCUGUUGAAUUCUAUAUACGAAAACUAUGGCAGUGCAAUGCAAUCGUAUAACUCCAGGGAACAGUUUGGGCAACAAUUCGAAAAUAUUGUUGAGGGAAUCCGUACUAACAAAGCAAAGGUAAAGAAAAAGUGCGACGACGAGCGUGCUAAGCGCGACGGCCUUAAUUCUCAACUGCUAUGUUUGGUGGAACAGCAACGGAAAUAUGCUGCAACGGUCAAACAGUUGACCAUCGAAUGCCAGCGCAAUGAGGCUCUUCUGGCAAGAUUCCGUCAGCUGAAAAGUGCAACUAACGAAAUGACAACGAAAUAAAAACUGAAAUGUUGGAGAGCUGCAUUAAACUAUAUUAUACAAACUGGAAUUAAUAUAUUUCUAUUUCAAUCCA